AUUUAUUUUUAACCCGAAAUGCGUGAAUGUUAGGUUUCGAAUUAGGUGGGAGAUUCGAGUUUGUAUUAAAGGAGUUAUUUGGGGAAUGCAUUGACAGUAACAAAAAGACUUUAAUACGUGUUCAAAUAAAAUAGAAUUAGUUUUUAGAAAUAAUUUUUAGUUUAGUUUUUUUACUAAGUAUUUUAUUAAAAGAAUUCCUGAAGCCGACAAAGGCGAAGCUUCCUGCAGUAAACUAAAUACUGAUAAAGAUACAAAACAAAACAAAUCCAAGAUGUCGGAUAUGCAAGUAGCCACUGUUACUGGAAAUGUCAGCAAAGAAAUUGAGAAGGAGGUGUCUGAAGAAACUACACUUUCAGAGAUGUCGAAAGAUCUCGGCCACACGAAAAUAGCGGAGGCAUCAGCGAAGUUCGAGCAAAACAAAUCACUGUCGAUCACCGAAGAGAACAAAUCGCAUCAAUCGGAAUCGAGCAGGACUGUCCUGCAAUCCGUUUCGCAGGAAGUGUCCGCCAAUCGACAGGAACCCCUAACGACUGAAGCGCCAUCUCAAACCGCAAUUGAAACUAAAUCAUCAAACCUAAGCAAAAUUUACAAACCGUUGGAACCAAUGAAACCGCUGGAACCUGUGAAACCAUUCGAAAAACUUGAACCUGUUAAGGCGUUCGAACCUUUAAAACCCUUCGAGCCAUUGCAACCUUUUGAGCCUCCAAAAAGUUUUGACCUGGCUAGAAAGUUGGAAAACACGAAAAUCAGUGAUGAUGAGAAGAUAUCAAAUGGUAAUGCAAUAAUGGUAGAAAAUGAAAAUGAUACAAAUGAUAGCGAAUUAUCUCAAAUAAUGACCAACAAGACUGUAGAGAAACAUAUCAGUAGAAGUGUUACACCCACCAUAAUUCUUACAGAAACAUCGAAUCCAGUUAGUGAGUCAGUUUUAUAUGAACCUCCAGAAAUUCAAGGUAAAGCAUGUCCAAGUGAAGUACCAUCAUCGUUACAAAAUACACACAUAUCUUCUGGACACUUACAUAACGUAUCAUCGAUGCCAUCAUCAUUUCAAACUACAUAUGCACCUUCUAUGCCAUCACCACUACAACAUACUUACACACCAAUGAAUCAUGAAGUAUCGUCUUUUGGAAAUGCAAAGAAUACUUCUUACACGACACCCUUAAAUAAUAACUGGUACAACACGCAACCAACAGGUUAUAAACCUGUUGCUUCUGUAAACACGUAUCAACCUGUUGCUUCUCCAUACUCAAAUUCCCAGUAUAAUUCGUUAGAUCGAUACCCAAGCUACGCCACUGGAAGUAGAGAAAAUAAGGCUGAAAUCAAGGAGGAAAACAUCAAGAACACCUUGAAGGAAAUAAUAUCAGACUUGGAUACAUACGCUGAGAGGGAUAAGGAGUUGAAAGAGAGUUUUCACAAUGAAAAUGGUAACUCAACAUAUUCAUCCACAUUGCAGGCAAAUCCACCUAGUAGUGGAGGUUGGGUACCUAGAUUACCUUCUAUGUUUAACUCUGAACCCAGACCUAGACCAAUGUCGUGUCCUGAAAGUACAUUCAACAAUUUAGACUUCUCACAGGUGACAUCAGAAAUCACCUCUAAAUUUGGGACUAUGGAAGAACAGGUGAAGCAAAGUUCUUCGUACUCCGUGAGAGAAGAAAGUUACAGUUCAAGUAAAAGUGUCAGCAGCAAAUUUUUGCCAUCUUCCGUACCAUCGACUCCAACGGGGUCAUGGCCGCCUUCCCGCGGAGGCGGUCUGCAAAAAUCCCAAAGCAUCACCGAGGUCAUCGAGUCAAACAGGUGCUUCAAGCCCUCAGACAGGAAAGAUCCUAGCAAAAAGCAGUUCUUGACCAGUUUGACCCAGAAGGUGUUCAAAAUAGGAUUGAUGUUUGCAUCUUCGGCAUUCUACGACAAAGGCUUCCAUCCCACCGUUGAGGACCAAGUUGAACUGGCAAAAAGAAUUUCCAGUUCACUGAGUGAUAUUAGCAACAAAAGAGCUGAAUUGUUUGCAAAAAGACGCAAAAGAUCAGAAAAGUGGAUUGUGGGUGAAACUAACGGCACACGUGCUCAGAAUAUUCCUGAUAUUGCACCACUACCAACACCGAUAUUGUCACCAUUACCACCGUUGGGUAAUCUACCGACACCAAGUUAUUUACCGGAGACCGCCCAGAGGGUACAGCAUAAAGCAAAUUUAGACGAGAUACAGACCGGCUCGGUGGACGGCGCGUUCGUUGAGGAGCCGCAGUGGCCUACCAGAGGCAACCUGGUGGCGCCCGCAGUGAACUCCUACGAAGCGGCACUCAAAAGCGACACGCUGGCGUCGUGGACGGGCCCCAAGACGAACGGGCACGACAAGGUGUUCGCGCACAACCCCGCCUACAACAGCAACUCCAUCAACAGGAUCGUGGACAACCUGCAGAAAGGGGUCACCAAUGUGGACGUCAUCAAUCUAGCGAUAUCUAACAUCAUCAAAGCUCAUCUCCCGCAAAAAGAAGAACGCCCCACCUCCCCUUUUCCCAAUAUCCCUGACAUAACCACAAACCCCGACAUAUUGAACGAAACCAAAACCGACAAUAAAGUUAUCCGACCUGUUACGCCAUCAUUCUUGGAACCCAAAGUUGACCUUAAAAAGCAGCAAGAAGAGCUGUUGGCUCAAAAAAGAGCCGAGAGAGCUAGCUCUCCUUUUCCCAUCAUACCUGAUGUUCAGUUGGAGGGCGAGGUUUUGGAAGGUGAUGUGGAAAGGUUUCAAAAGAACAAAAAAAUUGAGUCUGCCAUAAGACCUUCCUCACCCUUUCCGGCUAUUGCAGAUAUAAAAUUGAACCCCGAAUUGGUUGAGCAAGAUGUUGUUACCCUCAGAACAAGUCCAGUACCUUUUCGCAUACCAUCAGUGGUACCUUUCGAUGAUGAUGAUGAAAAAAAAGAUUUAAAACCCAAAGACGACACUGACGAAAAAAUACCGUUUCCAACCAUACCAAAUAUAUCGAAAUACCUAAAAUCACCUUCAGAAUCAAACCUAUUCAAACCAAUACCGAACAAAAUGUUCGAGCCUGUGACUCUGGAAAAGAAGUACGAUAUGAAAACACCGUUAGAUAACUACGUAACACAGCCGAUAAAGCCUGAAUUUAACUACGCAAUAGCAGAUCAUAAAGUGGUGGAAAACGCAUUCUCAAGUUCAACCCAACAAAACUUGAGAACCCUGCAAUCAGAAAUAUUCGAAAGCCAAGGCCAUUUCAACGCAUCCAGAGCGCUAUCGCCAAGAAUAUUCGUGCCUAAAGACCACCUGGAGGAUUACGAUAAACCCAAAAAAGAACCCGAUGAACCAAAAGAACCAAAACAACUUAUUGUAGUCGAAAAACACGACCCUAAAGAUCCAAAAUUCGAGGAGCAAAUGAAGCAACUGAUUCUGUCCAGUAAAGAAAAAGUUGAUGUGUUGAUGCAUCAAAAAGGUUGCUUCACAGAGUUUGCAGACAUUAAAGACGCAUACAGACAAGUAGAUUCGCACUAUGUUAAAAAAGGCAACCUAGUUACGCAGGAAGACAAUGAGAUUAAUAGUAUUUUAAGGGAUAUGAAAAAAGUCAGAGAGGGUAUUGAUGUUAAAAGCGAGGAACUGCAAGAAAUGUCAUCUUUGAUUGUUGCUAGUGAACGAAAAGAGAUUUUUACCCCUCCAGUGGAGUUUCAAGGCGUACAAGAAGAAAAAAUGGAGGAAAAAUACGAAGAAAUCAUGGAACAAGUGGAAAUGACUUGCAAUAUAGUUGAAUCAUUAAAAACUGAUGUAAAUCAAGAAUCUAAAUGGGAAAAAAUAGAGCAAAGUUAUGAAACUAUAAAAGAAGAUUUACAACAGUUGGUUGAAGCCAACAUUGAACAAAAAACAUCACCAGAAAAAUCCCCAGAGAAAUCACCAGAAAAGGAACAAUACUCAGAAAAAGAAGAAUCCCUCACUAAAGUAACAGCAAAACCAAACAUCAGAAGACAGCAAGGAAUAAUGAUGGAAAGUAUUGAACAAAAAACUACGCCAGAAGAAUCCCCAGAAAAAGAAGAAUCCCUCACUAAAAUAACAGUGAAACCGAACAACAGAAGACAGCAGGGAAUAAUGAUGGAAAUAGAACCGAAAAUAUGUAAGAAAGCCCCAGAGAAUAUCAUAGGCGCUAGGCCUUUAUUUGGGCAAACCGACAUAAACAGCGAAUUUAAAAAAGCGCUUGUAGGUCGUCAAAAGUCAAUACAAGGUAAACGGUCAAGAGAGGUAAAUAAAAACGUGGAACACACCCCAGGGCCUGAGCCAAGAAUAAAAAUAGAAAAAACUGAAAGUGGAAGCAAUGAAGAGUUCACGAAGGAUUCGAAAUUAUCAACUCAGUAUCAAACGAACGAGACUGCUCAUGUGGAAAUAUUCAGGCCGAAUGACAAUGAAGAGAUUGAGAAAAUUUACUAUCAACAGGAAAGGGAAUAUCACAUCGAUUUUCAACGGGUUGAAGAGGAAUACAUAAUGCCUGAUGGUUCGAUUGUGAGGAAUUAUGUGCCGCUGAACUUUAGCGAGCACGAUAUACCGGAAAUAAUGGCUCGGCAGCUUCCAGAAGCUCUCGAUCAAAACCAAAUAAUGCAGAGUUUGUCUCAGUAUCAAAUGAGCAUGCCUGAGCCAACUGUGAAGCAAGAUAAGAAGGAGAGUUUGGGAAGGAAUGAACCAUAUCAGAAGGUGCAGAAAAAUGACUCAAAUACAUCUGAAGAUGAAGAAGAGUACAAGAAAAUACCUGUGAAAAACUUAAUCAAAAAUUUCGAGCAGUGCUCGAUGCCAGCAAUGAAGUACAAACAGGUGCGCGAAAAUCUGCCAGACGUGGUUGAAAAAAUAAACCCCAAAAUGAAAGAAAACAUCACGUUUUCUGUGGAACAAUACCAGCAAAAAUCACUUCAAGCCCAAAAGCAAGAAAUAAUGCUGCAAAAAGCAGAAAAGGACUUCGAUAAUUUGUUCUACGUUGCGAACUCAAAAGUCGAGAGCAAUUAUAGUGAAGCAAGUCAAAGCAGUAACAGCAUAACUCGGUCCGAAAAUAGUUCAUUUUGCACUUAUCCUUCUAAACCUUUAAUCCAAGCUUAUCCUUCAGCUUUUCAACCUGUGCAAAAAAACAACACGCAGCCGAUAGUGCAAGGCAAGCUUUUCUACUCGAACACUCUCCCAAGAAGCAAACCAAAAGCACCCCUAUCUCCAAGCUACAGGCCGGAUGUUACCCCACCAAUCUUCGUACCUAAAGAGAGCACCACACCUGUAUCUUCUCACAUACACCCAUCGUACAACGCCCAGCAAAGCUCCAUGCCCGAACCAUCGUACCAUGGUACCAGCCCGGUACCAGAACCGUACUACACAUCGCAAAACCCCCCCGUUCCUCCCACCAGGAUCAACUUUAAUUGCAUGCAGAAUUACAACACAGCCGCUAGAGGCUGGGGACAGAGCAAAACCUACAAACCUGUUACUUUUGAUAACCCAUAUUCGGAUUUUUAGUUGAAACGACAAAACGAUUUUUAUUUGAAUUUUAUAAAUUCUGCGAUGUUUUUAAUUUGUUUUGAGACGCCUCAUUCGUGUAAAAGUACUUUUCCUCUCAAUCCCUCCCUCAGGAUUGUAGAUUCGAGAUUGAUACGUAGAUUUGCUGUAUAUGUAUAUAAAUGAUAUCCACUAAUAUAGGUAGCAAUUUUUGUUUUUUGUCGCUAAAGCUGGGUAACAGUUUUUGGCCACCUCACGGAUUGAAUGCAGUUUUUUGAUUACACUAUGAUAGUUCGAUUUACUAACAUUGAGUACGCCCACCUAUAUUACCUAAUUUUGGGCUGCUCAUUUCAAAAAUGCCACUCGUUUUGCUCCAGGACGUCUAGGAUUCGAAAUAAUUGCCUAAUAAAAUGCUCUGCCCAAUUAUCUCAAAAUGUAAGUUUUUCGUUAAUAUUUUCGUUAUUUAUUAAAUUAUUUUGCCUUAAAUCUAUUUUGGAUGUUCAGUAUAUUUUUGACGUUUUUUGUCAAAUAUAUACAGGGACUCCAUACAAAGUCAUCGGUAGAUAAAAUGUCAAAUAGAAAUUUUGUUUGUUCCAUUGUAACCGUAUACUAUAGUAGUAGUAGUAGGGAUAUUUAAUAAAGCACUUUUCUGCAGAGAAGUGCUGUAUUAAAUACCAAAACUAAAAUUAUAAUGUUUUUUGGUAAAAAAAAAAUCAUUUUUUGAAAUUUUUGAGUCGUUUUUUAAUUACUAAUUACAUUGAAAAGGCAACAAAGUAAAUGGGUUUCGGUAUAAGCAUUACUCUUCGACUAUUAUUUGAUAUGUUUUUAUUCACAUCAUGCCCAAAGUACCCAAAAAUUUAAUCUCGAAUCUUAUUUAUUAAGUCUUAUCAAAAUUUAACAUCGAAUUUAAGUAUAAAGGCGCCUUUAUCUACUUUAUCGUUCAAUCACACUAAAGUGCAUCUAUUAAUUAUUGACAUUUAAAAUUUAAACUUUAAAUUGUAUUUUUACUUGAAAGUGAUUUUAAGAACCAAAAAUGAAAAAAGAGCAGGAAAUGGAAGUGGUAAUGGAAGUGGCAGAGAAAGAGAAAGGAGACGAACAUUUAUGUCGUCGUUGUAAAUUAGUUUUGUUUUUGUUGCGGUACCUUUACGCCCAAGAAAAACCAACGCAAUAUUUCAUUACAAAAUUUUAUGAGAUAUACCUACUACUUUAAUUUUGCAGGAAUAUUAAAUGGACUUGAUGUACGACAUUUAAUGAAAGAUCAAGCAUUCAAAAAUGCUCUCAAAGUUGACGAGCUUGUCGCAUAUGGCAGUGUUAAAGCUGUCAUUGAAAAUGUUCCUGGUUCAUAUCGGGCCUAAAAUUGGCGCCAAUUCAUUGAAAAAAUGCUUUCCGUUUUGCAAAGAAUUAGCGUUAAUAUGUCAUUUAAAAUAUAUUUUCUUUUUUGUAUUCCUGAUAAAUUUGCCGAACUGAUGAACAUAGAGAACGAUUUCACCAAGUAAUUGCAAAUCUAGAGCUUUGGUAGAUAUCUAUGGGUAUAGCGGAAAGAAGUUGGAUUCAUUGCUAGGAGACAUUUGCUGGAAUUUGCAGCAAAAGAUGUACGACGAUGAUGAGGACAAUAGCACAAUAAUACUAUAAUCCAAUUUGAUAUUGAUACGAUUUAAUAAAUUUAAGGUAGAAAAAAGCAAAAUUAUGCAAUGCAUUAAAUUUUAAGGGCUUAAUUUGGAUAAAAAAUACUAAAACUUGUUUACUUUGUUGCCCUUUCAAUUUAAUAAUUAAAAUAAACGACAAAAAAUGUCAAAUAAUGGUUGUUUUUUUUUACAUAAAAUACAUUAAAAUUUUAGUUUUAGUAUUCAAAAUGUCAUAUUGUUAAGAUAAAUAUGAUCUAUUUGCCGUAUACCAAUUACUUUAGUACAUUCAAGAUUGAUUGAGCAUUUUAUUACGAAAUUAUUUUAAAUCCUAGACAUCCUAGAGAAAAACAAAUUACAUUUUUGAAACCAGCAGCCCAAAAUUAGUUAAAUUAAGCUGGAGUACUUAAUGUUAGGAAAAAAAAGUUUGUAAAACUAUCAGUGUUAUAUUCUUGAAAUAAUAAUAUCUUGCCCCCCUUCACUAGAUUUCUGCUGCUUACACUUCAAGUAGUUUUAUUGUUAGCGUCCACACUGAACAGACGAAAUAUAUAGUUGAUGUUAUGUUAAUAAAAUGAUAAUAAAGU